CCGAGGAGGACCAACUCACACACGCCUUCUAGCCAUGACGCCCAAGAAGUCACCGCUGUUUGCCCCGACGAGGCGAUUAUCCUCCUGCCUUAUUGCCCUGCUGACUUAUGGCGUCGCCCAAGCGGGAGAGGGAGCCCUGGACCAGCGCCCUAAACAAAUCCAUCCUUCGUACCUGCAACAGCAGCAGCUCCUCCAGCAGCAACGAGAACAACAACACGCAGAACAACUCCAGUUGACGCCCGCCGUAUCCACGACUGCCAAGCUCCUGGAAAGAAUCACUGGGGGCGCGAAUAACCACCGCCGACGAAAGCACUCCUCCCGUCACCAGCCUGCGGGGGGCGGCGGCGGCGGGGGCUCGGCGGCGCCUGAUGCAAUAGAAGUCUCAGGAGCAGACCUCGCUGAGAGCACCAACGGCAGGUCGUCUCAGCAGCAGCACCUUGAUGGGGUCUACGUCCGGGAGUGGGAUGUCAACGGCGCGCCGCACUUCAAGAGGCGCAGCAAGAGAGGAAGCCGAUCGUCUCCGGUGCACCUGUUCUUCACGGGGAGUGAGUGGAUGCUGCACCUUGACGUGGACGCUAACCUGGACAUCAACCACUGCCUGGCUUACUCGGAGGUGGCGGAGGUAAAUCCGUUGAGAACGACCCGCAAGUGGGCGGUGCGCGUGGGACAGGCGUGGGUUAGGAGGCCUCACAUGAGGCUGGCGGAAACUUCUCCGGGCGCCGAGCCUAGGGUACCGGCUUGGAAGGCUAAGGCGGAGAGUCGAGCAUCAGCAGGGGCUAACCGCUACAGCGGGAGCAGCGAUAACGGCCUGGCUUCUGCGGAGGCCCAGAAGGCCAUCGACGACGCGGCCCUUAGCCGGAGGCUGCUGCCCCUUUACGCGGUUUUCGUGCUUGACGCGGUGGGGCUGGGGGUAGCCCUGCCCGUGCUGCCGUUCUUCGUUAUGGGGCUCAAGGCCACGGCGCUGCAGCUGGCCAUCGUUGUUUCUUCCAACUACAUCGCUCAGACCUUCGGUUGCGUGAUCACGGGCAACAUGUCGGACGUCGUCGGUCGCAAGCCGGUGGUCAUCGGCUGCCUGCUGGGCACCGUCGUGUCCCACAUCAUGGUGGCCCGCUCUACGACGCUGGCUGGGGUGGCAUGGGGGAGGGUCAUCGGCGGCGUCACCGGUGGGCUGACUCCGAUAGCCCAAGCGGCCGUCGCGGACGUGGUUCCGGUGCAAUCCCUGCCCAAGUUUCUGGGCCGGAUCCAGGCGUGCGUGGGGCUGGGCUUCGUUCUGGGCCCCAUGACGAUGACCAUCCUCCACCGGCUGUUCAAGGUGUCCACCGCCGACACCUUCUACGCGGCUGCCCUGUUCCCCCUGGUGGGCCUCUUCUACGCCAUGUUCAAGAUCGAGGAGACCAAGUCGGGGGAAACGGGGUUGUCGCAGAUGUGGAAAAAACGGGUAACCGUAGCAGGAGGAGGAGAGGCGGAGGCCAGGGCGAGGGAGCGACGCGAGGGCGCCCUCGAGGCGGGCGGGCGGCGGCGGCGGUGCGAAGGGGAGGGGGUCGACCGGUACGGGGCAGCAGACUCGGACGCUUUCGCCGACACAACGUCGUCGGAAGACGCCAUGACCCUCUACGACGAACACGGAGGCGAUGGCGCCUACGGAGCAGCGUUCGUGGACGAGCCGGGGAUGAUGAGGAGGCCUACGUCUGCUACGACGGAAAGGUCGGCCGCUAGGGCGGCGAACGGUGGCGGUGACGUCGGGCGGGGGGACGUUAUCCCCCGGGCCGUCAUGCUUCUGGUCGGGAAUGGGUUCCUGCUCAUGUACGCCUUCUCGAUCGAGACCAUCUACGCCAUGUUCCUGAAGGACAAUUUUGGAUACGGCGAGUCAGUCCUGUCGAUGGUUUUCGCCCUCAACGGGGUGGCCGUGGGCGUGCUGCAGCUCUUGGGAAUGCGGCACUUGGUGCGGCUCCUGGGGAAGCACAUGAUGCUCAUCACCGGGAACAUGUGCCUCGCGGCCGGCAUGGUGGGGGUCGCCUUCUGCCGCCACCCUGUUGUGCACUUUGCGCUGUUCACCGUGCACAUCAUGGGCUACUCUCUGGCGGACACGGCCCUCGUGGCCCUCAUCAGCAGGUACGCCUCGCCGGCCACGCAGGGACGGAGCCUGGGUCUCAACCAAGCGGCCCAAUCCAUGGCGAGGGUCGUCAGCCCCGUGGUCGCUGGUGUCCUCUAUGAGUGGUCGAAGCGGCGGCAGCAGCUCCCUCUGGGGGCCCUCCCUUACCUCGUGGGGUCGGUGUUCCCGCUGGUGGGGGUGGCGGUGCCGUUCUGGCUGUACUUGCGCAGCGUCGAGGCCAAGAAACAAAGCGGCGUUUACACGAGGGGGGGCGGGGUGGUCCAGGACCCCGGGCGUCAGGUCGGCGGCGUCAUUGGGCACAACAAGCAUUGUUAGCAGGAAACGACGAGAGCCAGCCGGCCGGCCAUGUAAUGUGAGUUGGGGUACAGCGGGAGGUGCCGGCCGGUCGCGCCAUGGGACCGCGAGGGGCCAAGGAGGAGGAGGGGGUGGUCUCUGGCGAAUGCGGUUGGCUGCAGCACAGCCCGAUGUGCCGGUGUGCACGUCCAUUUUUUUAUUGCGUGCAUUAUGUGUGAUGAGAGAGAAAUAGAAGGGCGCACGCGAGGGGGUGGGGGGGGGUGCUUCAACCACAUCUGCUGUGCCCCCUGCCCUUGGUUUUGGUGUCGGGCGGUGUUGGUUGCGUGAUUUUGGUUGUGGUUCUGGCGGGUGGCGCGAUGGUUAGGAGGUGGGAGUUGGGAGUUGGGAGGGUUCAGCAAUAAACGUUGUCCGAGACUGGGCUGGCAACGAGAGAUUUCGGCGAGAAACGGUGUGAUUAGACUAUCCAGAGGGGCUGCGGGGGGACUCGUGCGGGUGUGGCGUGGGACGCUACGCGACAGUCGGCGACGGGUAUGUAUCUCUGUCUGAAUGUCUCUCUCUCUCUCUCUCGGUUGCGCAUUUGGUGUGUAGGGCCGGCCAGUCGCAGGCGCUCGAGGCUUUGAGAAGAAUCGAGGACAGAUGGGUUACGGUUCGGUGUUCUCUCUCUCCUGUACGAGUGCCUCCCCCCCCCCUCCCCCCUUUUUUUUGUUAAUUGCUGAGGGAAACGGUCGCAUUUCCCAGCUAGUCAAGUUAUGCGUGCUUGCAUCGCGAAGGAGUCCUGCGAGCGGCAUGGGAUUCGGUUUGAGCUUCGGCCUGAGGCUUGAUAUUCCGUACCGGUUGAUUUUCCGUACCGGCCGGUCGGGGAAGACAGACAGACAGACAGCCUACGUGGUGUGGUGCUUUGUCGAGAGCUGAGCGGCGGUGUUGAUUGGUGCAGGCCGGGGGACGCUAAGAAUGGGCGCUACAGCGUUAGUAGUAGUCCUGCUCUCUAUCGACACGUCCCGCGCUCGCCCGCCCGCCUUGUAAAUACGGGGUGCGUUUGAUGGUUAUCCGUGUUUGUGUACCGUUACAUUAUUUUUUUCCCGUCGAUGGCGGUGUGACGCCGUGAGUAGUAAUUAUCCCGCGCCCAUCAGCGGCCGUAUUCUCUCGGAAGAGGAACGAUCCAGGGAACAAUCCGAGCAAGUUGUUUGACUUGCUGCUGGAAAAAACAAACAGCACUGCAGACGCCGGGUAGUAGGAGGUGUGGGCAGCGAGCGAGGGUGUGCUUUGGUGUGCUGCUGGAGCCCUUACUUUUUGUGUGCUGAUUGUGUCGGUUGGAUGGAUAGUGGUCGCCUGGUGUCCACAUCCGCGCUACGGCGCGUAGUACAUAUAUAUUCGGAUGACCGCGAGGCGAGCGCGGGCACAGCUGCUGACUACUCUCCUCUUGAAGGGGAGGUUACGGUGCGGAACCCCUGGCACCACGGCGCCUCCUCGUAUGGUGUGCUCACUGGUCGAUGGAUUCUGGUCUUGAAGGUGACAAAAUGACGGCUGAUAGUUCACCACCAGUAGAGUUCAAGUGUGCUUCUUGGUCGGCGGAUGCCAUCUGUACAUAGUAGAUACUCCUAUGAUUUUCGAUUAUUUUUUUUGUGGUAACCUGGCGUGUAGUGUCAGUCGGAGUACUGUAUGGGUGAAAACCUUGCUGUGCGGAAGUGAUUAAAAAAAUAGGGUGAAAGAAUAAGGGAAAAAAGAAAAGGACACCACGAAACGUAAACGUUGCCACCGACGUGCAGUAGGUGCGGCGCGUGCUUAUGCGACCGGCGAGACGGGAGGAGGUGUCGUUCAGUGUUGCGACUUAAGGAACAGGCAAGCGCACGGAUGAGAGGCCGUGCUGAUUCGUCCCGAAAAGUCCGUAAGCUUCAGCCUCGCUUCUUUCUCUUGCCGAGAUUACUCCACUGCUUCGCGGGCGUUGUUGUUGUUGAUGUGGUUAUUGGCGCGUGUGUUGAACGGCGUUCGUACAGCGUAGUGUACCCUCCCCGCCUGAGGUAACUCGACAGUCCCGCCGGGCAAGAACUAACUUUUGAAACAAAGUGUCACAGCAGGCGACGGGUUGUGUUUUCUCCUUUCUCUCCCCCUGCUGAUCUGGGAGGAGGGCGAGAAGAAAAUAGUGUCAGUUGUGUCAAUGGAAAAUCGGGUCUCGUUUCCGGGAGAACAACAUUCACUCUAUUUCCCUUUGUUGUCUACGCCGGGGGUGAGCCCGGCCGUCUUGCGAGGACAAGACGCCCU